UCCCCGCCCGCGCCUUCCCGCCCCUUUUAACCCCCUUAAACCCUCCCCACCUUCACCCCCAAACGACCCCCACACGGCUCAGCUGCGCGGCCAUGGAUGGCCCCGGCGCGGCGGCGGCGGCGGGGGGAGCGGGCCCCGGCGGCGGCCCCUGCAACGUGCCCGCCUUCCUCACCAAGCUGUGGACGCUCCUGGAGGAUCCCGACACCGACUCUCUCAUCUGCUGGAGCCCCAGCGGGAGCAGCUUCCACGUGUUUGACCAGGGCCAGUUCGCCAAGGAGGUGCUGCCCAAGUACUUCAAACACAACAACAUGGCCAGCUUCGUGAGGCAGCUCAACAUGUACGGCUUCCGCAAGGUCGUCCACAUCGAGCAGGGGGGGCUGGUGAAGCCGGAGAAGGACGACACGGAAUUCCAGCAUCCCUAUUUCAUCCGGGGCCAGGAGCUCCUCCUGGAGAACAUCAAGAGGAAAGUCACCAGCGUGUCCAACGUCAAGAGCGAGGACGUCAAGGUGCGGCAGGACAACGUCACCAAGCUGCUGACGGACAUCCAGGUGAUGAAGGGCAAGCAGGAGAGCAUGGACUCCAAGCUGGUGGCCAUGAAGCAUGAGAACGAGGCCCUGUGGCGGGAGGUUGCCAGCCUGCGCCAGAAGCACGCCCAGCAGCAGAAGGUGGUCAACAAGCUCAUCCAGUUCCUGAUUUCCUUGGUGCAAUCCAACCGAAUUCUCGGGGUCAAGAGGAAGAUCCCCCUGAUGUUGAACGACAGCAGUUCAGCACAUUCCAUGCCCAAGUACAGCCGCCAGUAUUCCCUGGAGCACGUCCAUGGAUCAUCCCCCUACGCAGCCUCCUCCCCCGCCUACAGCGGCUCCAACCUGUAUUCCCCGGAUUCCUCGGCCAACUCCGGCCCCAUCAUCUCCGACGUGACGGAACUGGCCCAGUCCAGCCCCUCGGCCUCUCCCAGCGGGAGCCUGGACGGAAGGAGCAGCCCGGCCGUGCGGAUCAAGGAGGAGCCGCCCAGCCCCGCUCGGAGCCCGCGGGUGGAGGAGCCGAGCCCCGGGAACGCCGGGAACGCCGGGAACGCCGAGACCCCCCUGUCCCCGUCCACCUUCAUCGACUCCAUCCUGCAGGACAGCGACCCCGAUCCCGGCGGAGCCGCCGCGCCCGCCGGCCCCGCCCAGCCCCUCUCCCAGGAAAAGUGCCUCAGCGUCGCCUGCCUCGACAAGAAUGAACUCAACGACCACCUGGACACCAUCGACUCCAACCUGGACAACCUGCAGACCAUGCUGAGCACGCACGGCUUCAGCAUGGACAGCGCCCUGCUGGACCUGUUCAGCCCUUCCAUGACGGUUACGGACAUGAACCUCCCCGACCUGGACAGCAGCUUGGCCAGCAUCCAGGAUCUCCUCUCGGCUCAGGAGCAGCAGAAACCCACGGAGACAGAGGCGGGAACGGCGGAUACAGGGAAGCAGCUGGUUCACUACACGGCUCAGCCGCUCUUCCUGGUGGACUCGAGCGCCGUGGACGUGGCCGGGGGGGAGCUGCCCAUCUUCUUCGAGCUGGGCGAGGGGCCCUUCUGCCCCGACGGGGCCGAGUACCCCGAGGAGCCCCCCGGCUCCCUGCUGGCCGGCACCGAGCCCCGCGCCAGGGACCCCGGCGUGUCCUAAGGCCGGCAGGGACAGGAGACCAGGAGGAGGAGGAAGAGGAGGAGGAGGAGGAGGCACUGAAGGGAAGCUCCCGCUCGGCACAGACGCCGGAGCCGCGCCCGCUCCCGCCGGGAGGGUCGUUGUGUGUGUGCUUAUGAGGUGUCCCCGACCCGCUUCAGCCCCCGCCACGGGCACGGGGGGCACCGGGACAGCCCCCCCACGGUACUGGGAUAGCCCCCCCUGGCACCGGGAUAGCCCCCCUUGGCACCGGGACAGCCCCCCCAACACUGGGACAGCCCCCCCCCCCCAUGGCACCGGGACAGCCCC